AGGUAUAAGAGGCGCUGACGCGGCGCCGGCUGGCAGAUGGCGGAUGGUUCGCAUCGGGUACGGAGUGUCCCGCAACGUGGUGGCGGUGGACGACGACCAGCGUCAAUCGGCUUGAAACUUUCUGCCGGCGUGACCGAACAGUUCCCGCCUCGGAGGCCUGGGCGCGGCGUUUGAGGGGGACAGGCGGGUUACAUUGGCGGGCGGGCGGGCGGACUCUCCGCGCCCCCUCGCGAGUUUGUUCUGGAACCUUCGCCCUCAGGCCCCGACUGGAAUCGCGUCGUCAAUUGGAUGAAGAACAGCCCAACUCUACAUCCACGAUGCAUCUCUCUUCAAUCUCUCUAAGUGUUCAGUGUUGUAGACACUGUUUAAGACGGACUUUUAAGCACAGUGGAUAGCAUUUACUGCUGCACAACAUUGGAGUGCAGUGCUUGUUGCUAAUCAAUACCCCGUUCCCCCCUAUUUAAUUAGAAUUAUUUAUUACAUAUCAAGCUAUUUUGUUACCUUAUUUUGUAUAUUUAAGUCCAUAGUAUUUUUUUAAAACUCCGUACCUACCAACGAAGCGUGACCAGAAAGUAGGCAUGGCCGUCGAAGAGUAUCUGUGGUUGGCGAUAACUGGAUUCAUCAUCGCGUUUGUCCUGGCGUUCUCGGUGGGAGCCAAUGAUGUGGCCAACUCGUUUGGGACAGCAGUUGGUUCGGGAGUGUUGACGCUGAGGGAGGCCUGCAUCCUGGCAUCCAUCUUCGAGACAGUCGGGUCUGUGCUGCUGGGUGCCAAAGUGAGUGAGACUAUCCGCAAAGGAAUCAUCGAUGUGAACAUGUUCAACUCGAGUCAAGUGCUAAUGGCUGGGUCAGUCAGUGCCAUGUUUGGUUCUGCUGCCUGGCAGCUGCUGGCUUCAUUUUUGAAGCUCCCUAUAUCAGGUACUCACUGCAUUGUGGGUGCUACUCUCGGCUUCUCCUUGGUGGCGACAGGGACUCAAGGUAUCAAGUGGAUUGCUUUGCUCAAAAUUGUGGCUUCCUGGUUCAUCUCCCCGCUCCUCUCCGGCAUUAUGUCUUCUGGUGUCUUUUUCAUUGUUCGUUACUUCAUCCUGCGUAAGGCUGACCCUGUGCCAAAUGGACUCCGCGCUCUUCCCAUCUUCUACGCCUGUACAAUUGGAAUCAAUUUGUUCUCAAUUAUGUACACUGGAGCACCUUUGCUGGGAUUUAAUUACAUUCCGCUCUGGGGGACGGUACUGAUUACGAUUGGGAGCGCUCUAAUCACUGCCAUUGUUGUGUGGUUCAUCAUCUGCCCCAGGAUGAAGAAAAAGAUAGAAAGAGAGAAGAGAGCGGAUUACAACCAGGCCCUGGAUAAGCACGACGAAGAGGUGUACCAAGGAGAAGCCAAGGAGGAUCUGGAGGCGAAGGUGUUGUUGGGUGACGGGGCGGUGGCUGAAAUGAGCGUGCCUCCCGUGGCCGGGGGUUCAGAUAUUCUCCCCCUCGAUCACAACUUGGAGAAGCCGAGCGGGAGGAUUGCGUUUAUCGGGGACUUGCCAGAGGACGCGGCUAAAGACGGCGGCUUUGCCGAAGAGACGAAAGAAACCAACGUCGACAACGUGAUGAACGGGACCAUGCACUUUGGAAGCAAUAACGCACAGUUUAACCAGGUGGUUAGUAACCAGACCAGCACCAAUGGUUACAACGGCCACUAUCACACCGUGCACAAGGAUUCCGGGCUGUACAAGGAGCUCCUCCACAAGCUACACUUAUCCAAGAUGAUCGACUGCGGUGGAGAUUUGGCCGACGUGAACUGUAAACCGCUCAGGCGAAACAACAGCUACACGUGCUACACCAUGGCCAUCUGCGGCAUGCCCCUCAAGCACAAAGAAGCAGCAGCCAAGGCCGAAGAGAUGGAGAAACUGACUGGAUCCGGCUUCGAACCCAAGAAACGCAUCCGUCAAGACAGCUACAGCAGCUACUGCAACGCCAUGGCUCACUCCAGCAAAACCCCGGAGGGCGAGGUGGUCACGGUGGACGUGGCGGCGGAACGCAAGUGCAGUGAUGGGUCUCUGGAGGAUUGGCAGGAGAAGGAGAAACAUGAGGUCUCGCUGCUGUUCCAGUUCUUGCAGAUCCUGACCGCCUGCUUCGGCUCCUUUGCUCACGGUGGUAAUGACGUCAGCAAUGCGAUUGGACCUUUGGUUGCUCUCUAUAUCGUUUACUCCACGGGGAGCAUUAAUUCUGAAGCUGAUACUCCCAUCUGGAUCCUGUUGUACGGUGGGGUGGGAAUCUGCCUGGGCCUGUGGGUCUGGGGUCGCAGAGUCAUUCAGACCAUGGGCAAGGACCUGACUCCAAUUACCCCCUCCAGUGGUUUCAGUAUUGAGUUGGCCUCAGCCGUGACUGUCGUGAUUGCAUCGAACAUUGGUUUUCCUAUUAGUACCACACACUGCAAGGUGGGUUCGGUUGUCGCCGUGGGCUGGAUGCGAGCAAAAAAAGCCGUGGACUGGCACCUGUUCCGUAACAUAUUCAUCGCAUGGUUUGUCACCGUGCCCAUUGCUGGUUUGAUCAGUGCUGCCUUCAUGGCUCUCUUCAAAUAUGUUAUCUUAUAGAUCAGGGUGGUCCAACUGGCAGCCCACGGGUCGAAUACAGUCCCCUCCCUCCAUCUCACCUGGCCCGCCCGCUCCCUCCAUAACCUGUAAAUGUUAUGUUUCUGGAAGGGAAACACAAAAAUGUUGCUUUUGCAGCCUGCGGACGUUCCUCAAAUAGGGUUUGCACCCGGCUCCCGGCAGCCAAAAGGUUGGAGCACCCCGGCAUAGAUCAACCGCGCAACCAACCAACCAACCCUGCGUUGUACCAUGUUCAGAGCCCGAUGCCCCAUUAUCCUGGCAGCGUGCUUCAAUAGAGCUUUGAUCCUGAGUCGAACGUGCAGACUGUGCGUCUGACAUCUAAUUGUUCCUCGAACCCUUCUCAAUGUAUUAAUGGAGUCCAACUUGCUGAGUAUGUGCUGUAGAGAUUUUACAAUGACAAACUUAAGUUUAACUGUCUUGAGCUUUGUGGCGCUUGAGUACUCAUUUCUGAGCCUUUUUUUGGUAUGAGUUUCAUUUUGAGCGUUUCAUCGAUGCAUGUAUUUUUUAUUAAGGCGAAUUGCUGUUUAACACUGUGAACUAUAAUUAGCUGGUGAGCAGCUUUUUGUAGAUAUUUCUCACUUGAAGCAAGUAUUGAAUAAAGCAAUGGUCAGCGAUGUUGAUAUUGUGAUGAACUGAAAGGCACUCAGUGCUGACGAAGGAACCAAAGAGGUGGGAGGAUCAAGUGUGAGUCAAGCGCACACAAUUGUUUUACAAAGUCUUCCAUAGAAAUUUCAACUUAGAAUCAAUUACCCAUUUGUAAUUCAAGUAAAGAUACGUGUUUUCAUUAAAGAUUGGCACGCCUUA